AUGUUGUAGAGUUAUUAAACAAAAUUUAUUAUUCGAAUUUAAUUUAAUUUAAGGUUAUAUGAGAGAAAACAACUUAUAGAAUACAUUUUGUCAAUCUAUUCCAUGCAUUAUUAGACCAACUUUAUAAAUGAAAAAACCAUUAUUAUGGUUGAAUAAUUAAUAUAAAGAAGAAGAAUAUUAGAAGAUAUCAAAUUACCUUAAUCAGUUAUCAUUUUAAUAUUGAAAUUUUUAGUUAAUAGAAAUUAUUUCAUUAAACAAUUUCUCUUUACAUUCUAUUCAAUCUUAAUAUAAUUAGAAAUUUUUAUAUGA